AUGGUUUUCCAGAUCAACAUCAACAUCAACAAUAAGGCUGCCCCUCCCUACCCAUUGGCUUACGGUCUGAAAGGCACGACACAAAAGCAUCAUCGACACACCGAGUUGUGUUUCACCGCUGCAGGCUUCCCAGGAGCACGGCUCUCCACCCCCUUCCCCUACAGCGUCUCGAACUCUCUGCCCAACGUUUCCUCCUGCGGCCUUUUCGUCUGCUCCCACCUGGGGGGAAGGAAACCGCCUCUGUCGCGAAACUGCCCACGGAGGCCGUGGGCGAGAGGGACGUGGAAAGGGUUCGUGGCCCUUGUGAUGGAAGACGCCGGACAGAAGAAAGCACUGAUGAUCGCCGCUCGUGAGACGGGCCCCGGACCUGGAUGCUACAGCUUGCCUCCAGCGGUUGGAUUUGCCAACCAUGACUAUACCCGCUUUACCAGUCCGGCUUAUUCUUUCCACCAGAGGCUCGACAACAGCAUACAUUUGAAAGACUCAAGUCCUGGACCCUGCUACUACGUGGAACCUGAGCUCACUCGCUUUGGCAGGGCGAAAGGGCCGUCCUAUUCCAUGCUAGCACGAGCAAAACCUCCAGGUCUGCCUCAGACCCCUGGGCCGGGCGCGUACAGUCCCGAGAGGGCCCCGCCUCUGUCCCAACACAGACCCCCGUCUUUCUCCAUGGGUGCCCGUACCAAGUCCCGCCGGGUGGAUCCCGCUCCUGCCCCCAACAGCUACGUCCUCCCGUCGCUGCUGGGACCGAACGUUCCCAGCAAAUCCUCCAGCCCCAGUUUCACCAUCUCCGGCUGGAAUGCCCGAGGGAGCUACGCGGAAGACCUGUGCCGCACGCCAGGCCCAGGACGCUAUAAUACUACGGACCCCGGCAUCUACUUGUGCCGCCCGCCGGCCUUCUCCAUGCUGGGGAGGCUCAAACCACCCGCUGCCAUCUUCCACACUCCGGGGCCAGGAGCCCACAGCCCGGAGAAAGUGACAGCCCAUCGUUCAAGAGCCCCGUCUUACUCCCUCGGGGUCCGCCACUCGGAGUACCUCAUGCCUCUCGUUGUGGACGCCCUCGAAAGGUAG